AUGUCUAUCCAACUUCUCAUUAGAGGGCUCAUCAGGCCAUUGUGCAAUAAGGGCUCAUCAGGCCAUUGUGCAAUAGUUUCUACUGAGUCUGCUGGUGGCUCAUCAUCUCCAUCCAACUUCUCAUUAGAGGACUCAUCAGGCCAUUGUGCUUUAGUUUCUACUGAGUGUGCUGUUUCUACUGAGUCUGCUGGUGGGUCAUCAUCUCUAUCCAAUUUCUCAUUAGGGGAUUCAUCAGGCCAUUGUGCAAUAGUUUCUACUGAGUCUGCUGGUGGCUCAUCAUCUCCAUCCAACUUCUCAUUAGGGGAUUCAUCAGGCCAUUGUGCAAUAGUUUCUACUGAGUCUGCUGGUGGCUCAUCAUCUCCAUCCAACUUCUCAUUAGAGGACUCAUCAGGCCAUUGUGCUUUAGUUUCUACUGAGUGUGCUGGUGGCUCAUCAUCUCUAUCCAAUUUCUCAUUAGAGGGCUCAUCAGGCCAUUGUGCAAUAGUUUCUACUGAGUCUGCUGGUGGCUCAUCAUCUCCAUCCAACUUCUCAUUAGAGGACUCAUCAGGCCAUUGUGCUUUAGUUUCUACUGAGUGUGCUGUUUCUACUGAGUCUGCUGGUGGGUCAUCAUCUCUAUCCAAUUUCUCAUUAGGGGAUUCAUCAGGCCAUUGUGCAAUAGUUUCUACUGAGUCUGCUGGUGGCUCAUCAUCUCCAUCCAACUUCUCAUUAGGGGAUUCAUCAGGCCAUUGUGCAAUAGUUUCUACUGAGUCUGCUGGUGGGUCAUCAUCUCUAUCCAAUUUCUCAUUAGGGGAUUCAUCAGGCCAUUGUGCAAUAGUUUCUACUGAGUCUGCUGGUGGGUCAUCAUCUCUAUCCAAUUUCUCAUUAGGGGAUUCAUCAGGCCAUUGUGCAAUAGUUUCUACUGAGUCUGCUGGUGGCUCAUCAUCUCUAACCAAUUUCUCAUUAGAGGGCUCAUCAUGCCAUUGUGCAAUAGUUUCUACUGAGUCUGCUGGUGGCUCAUCAUCUCCAUCCAACUUCUCAUUAGAGGGCUCAUCAGGCCAUUGUGCAAUAGUUUCUACUGAGUGUGCUGGUGGCUCAUCAUCUCUAUCCAAUUUCUCAUUAGAGGGCUCAUCAGGCCAUUGUGCAAUAGUUUCUACUGAGUGUGCUGGUGGCUCAUCAUCUCUAUCCAAAUUCUCAUUAGAGGGCUCAUCAGGCCAUUGUGCAAUAGUUUCUACUGAGUGUGCUGAGGGCUCAUCAGGCCAUUGUGCAAUAGUUUCUACUGAGUGUGCUGGUGGCUCAUCAUCUCUAUCCAACUUCUCAUUAGUGGGCUCAUCAGGCCAUUGUGCAAUAGUUUCUACUGAGUUUGCUGGUGGCUCAUCAUCUCUAUCCAACUUCUCAUUAGAGGGCUCAUCGGGCCGUUGUGCAAUAGUUUCUACUCAGUGUGCUGGUGGCUCAUGA